GCGGGGCUGGAUGGAGCGUGUGCGUCUUUCUGCAGCCUUGGGCGCAGCUCCUUCAGCACCCUGUAAAUCCUUUCCUGUCCCAGAGCUGUCGCGCGCUCCGGCCUCACCAUGCUCCUGCUGCUGUGGCUGUGCCUGGGGCUGCCCCUCUUCUCGGAGUCCCAGGAAGAGGCUCGGGGGGAGCUGGGAUGACACCUCAGAGCAAGUCGCACUCAGGGUGCCCAGACAACUCAGGCUGCUGCAAAGGCUGAAAGCCAAGCCCUUGAUGACGGAGUUCUCAGUGAAGUCUACCAUCAUUUCUCGCUAUGCCUUCACCACAGUUUCCUGCAGAGUGCUCAACAGAGCUUCCGAGGAUCAGGAUGUUGAGUUCCAGAUGCAGAUUCCAGCAGCAGCUUUCAUCACCAACUUCACCAUGCUUAUUGGAGACAAAGUGUAUCAGAGUGAAAUUACAGAGAAAGAAAAGAAAAGCCGUGACAGAAUAAAAGAAAAAAGAAACAAAACCACGGACGAUAAUGAGGAGAAGGAGACUGACACAUUCAGAGCUUCCUUAGUGAUUCCCAGCAAGGACAAGGCCGCUUUCCUCCUCAGUUAUGAAGAGCUUCUGCAGAGGAGGCUGGGGAAAUACGAGCACUCCAUCAGCGUGCGCCCCCAGCAGCUGGUGGGGAGGCUGACUGUGGAGAUGAACAUUCUGGAGAGGUCGGGCAUCUCAGCCUUGGAGGUGCUCCCUCUUCACAACAGCAGGAAGAAGGGCAGUGGGAUCGCAGAAGGUGAUGUGGGUCCCCCACCUUCUACUGUCAUCAACCAAAAUGAAACUUUUGCCAAAGUUAUUUUUAAGCCUACCGUGGUUCAACAAGCUAAGAUUGCCCAGAAUGGAAUUUUGGGAGAUUUCAUCAUUCGAUAUGAUGUCAAGAGAGAGCAGACCAUUGGUGACAUCCAGGUUCUGAAUGGUUAUUUUGUGCACUACUUUGCCCCUAAAGACCUCCCUCCUUUACCCAAGAAUGUGGUUUUUGUGCUUGACACCAGUGCCUCCAUGGUGGGAAUGAAACUCCAGCAGACCAGGGAAGCCCUCGUCACAAUUCUCAACGACCUCCGACCCCAGGAUCAUUUCAAUAUCAUUGGGUUUUCCAACCGGAUUAAAGUGUGGAAGGACCACUUGUUACCAGUGACUCCUGAUAACAUCAGGAAUGGCAAGCUCUACAUUUACCACCUGUCACCCACUGGAGGCACCGACAUCAAUGGCGCUCUCCAGAUGGCCAUCAAAUUGCUCAACAAUUAUGUGGCCCAGAAUGACAUUGAAGAUCGGAGUGUGUCCCUCAUUGUCUUCCUUACGGAUGGGAAACCCACCUUUGGGGAGACCAAUACCCUCAAGAUUCUCAGCAAUACCAAGGAAGCCACUGGAGGUCAGAUCUGCAUCUUUACCAUUGGCAUCGGCAAUGACGUGGACUUCAAGCUGUUAGAGAAACUUUCGCUGGAGAACUGUGGUCUGACACGGCACGUUCAUGAGGAGGAGAAGGCAGGAGAACAGCUUAUCGGGUUCUAUGAUGAAAUCCGAACCCCGCUUCUUUCCGACAUCCGCAUAGAUUACCCUCCUGAUGUAGUAGAGCAUGCCACCAAAACCCUGUUCCCCAACUACUUCAACGGUUCUGAGAUCGUCAUUGCCGGCAAGAUGGUAGAUAGGAAGUUUGAUCAGUUCCACGUGGAGGUCACUGCCAGCAACAGUAAGAAAUUUGUCAUCCUGAAGAAAGACAUCCCUGUGGAGUCCCAGAAGCUGGGGAAUGAUGUCACAGCCACCCCCGGGCCUGUCCCUGAUGGUGGGAAGGACCCCAACCACAUCGAGCGUCUUUGGAGCUACCUCACUGUGAAGGAACUGCUGAGCUCCUGGCGGCAGAGCAGCAGUGAACAAGAGAAGGAGCAGCUGAGGCAGAAGGUCCAGGCGUUAGCCUUGAACUACCACUUCCUCACCCCCUUCACCUCCAUGAAGCUGAAGAAGCCAGGUCUUCGCACAGAUGGGCUGGAGGACACCCGCGGCAUGUCUGCAGCCACAGGACCUGAGACGGUGGUGCAGAGCGUUCGAGGAGCUGACAUGCAGCCAGGACCUGCUCUCAAGAAACCAUACAGCCCAAGAAUUAAAAUCUCUAAAACAUCAGUGGAUGGUGAUCCCCAUUUUGUUGUGGAUUUCCCCUUAAGCAAUCUCACUGUCUGCUUUAACAUUGAUGGAGAACCUGGGGACAUCCUACGGUUGGUCUCUGAUCACCUGGACUCUGGUGUGACUGUGAAUGGAGAGCUUAUUGGAGCCCCAGCACCUCCAAAUGGUCACAAGAAACAGCGCACAUACUUCCGGACCAUCACCAUCCUCAUCAACCGGCCAGAGAGAUCUUACCUUGAGAUCACACCAAACAGGGUCAUCCUGGAUGGAGGAGACAGGCUGGUCCUUCCUUGCAACCAGAGUGUGGUGGUAGGGAGUCGGGGACUUGAGGUGUCAGUGUCUGCCAAUGCCAAUGUCACUGUCACCAUCCAGGGAACCAUUGCCUUUGUCAUCCUCAUUCACCUCUACAAAAAUCCAGCACCCUUCCAGCGAAACCACCUUGGAUUCUAUAUUGCCAACAGCAAAGGCCUUUCCAACAAUUGCCAUGGCCUGUUAGGUCAGUUCCUGAAUCAGGAUGCCAAACUCAUAGAAGCCCCUGCAGUGUACAACAAGAAUCUUAGUGGUCAGUCAUUUGCUCAGACAGAAGGGAUUCCUGAGGCUGUCCUUAAGGUGAAAGGACGCCGAGUUCCAGUGGUCUGGAAGCAAAGGAAGAUUUAUAAUGGGCAAGAGCAGGUAGACUGCUGGUUUGACAGAAACAAUGCCGCCAAGCUGAUUGACGGGGUGUAUAAGAACUACCUGGCAUCCCAUCCAUUUGACACGGAGAACAUACUGGGCCUGAGGAUGUCCAGGAAAGCUGAGACUGGCAGCCUUCAUGAGGAGAGUGUCUAACAGGGAAUCGACUUUGGGUCUACUAUGGAUGCAGCUUUUCUUGUUACCUGCGCCUGCCUUGUCUCUUGCUAUGAGCUGCACUGUGUAGCCUGCCCCCUGGUGGAGUGGAGGUUCAAUAUGUGUUAAGGUAAUGAGUCAGGGCAGGAAGCUGGAGUGGAACUGCUAUAUUCUACUUCCCCUUCCUACCUUCCUCAUCCCGUCUGUACUAGACAAAAAUGGUAGCACCAAGAGGAGAGGAGAUCUAAUUAAGUAAAAUUGUGUAGCACCUGGCUUGACCGCCUCUCAGUCUACUGUAAAGUCAUCCUUUCCAAAGAAGUAAGGUUGCCAUGGGAUUUGUUUUCUCUGUAGCAGUGUCCGAGUUGGGGCACUCUGCUUUUGCCCUAUAUUCAUGCUUACGAAUCAUUCUUUUCAGUUGCCUUCCUCAGAUGGUGCUCUCAACUUCUUUUCUCAAGGUCAUCUACAUUGAUGCCGGGCCACCAAUCAUGCAAACCAGUAGUCCUCACAUUGAAUCGCUCUAAACGACCAAGGCUUUUCUUACCAGAAGAUUUUUUUCUUCUGUUGUGGAAUCUUGCCUUUAAAAAUUAGUUUUCAUUGUAAAAAAUUUGGCUAAAAAUAGAAAAAUCAAUCUUCCAGAUACUGAUCUCUUCCUAAUUGACUUUCCAGGUCACUUGACCUUGCUGGUGGAUGCUUUCCAAUUUGUUCUAAUAACCUAAGUGCUUUUUAAUAAACAGGAAAACUCCCUGUGGAUGGCCUUUACUGGCCUGUCUUGGUGCUGGAGAGCCAGCUAGUUGAAAGAUAAAUCUUCUACUCAGAGCAUUUCAGCUUGUGCUGUAAGUUCAACACCUUUUGUCUGUGCCUUUGGAUGUCCAGGAAAUGUAAAUUAUAUGAGACUAGCACUGGCAUAACAGAGAGCCCUAGCCUAGAGUAGCUGCUCAGCCUACCUGUGGGAAGAAUCAACUUUCACAUCCUCUGAAGGAAGUGAAUAUGUGCCUGGAAACAUGGCUGUUGCACUGUGAACUAGCAGCAGCAUUGGUUGUCUGUAGAAGACAGGGCCCAUCAAUAGUCCAUCCAUGAUGGGGGAGGGGUCAUGAGGCCCCACUCCUGUCUGAGGAGCUAUGGGCAGCUAAUUAUUGACUGAGAAAGGGGUGUCAUAAUCCUCAGAUGGCAUAUCUGCUGGUAAGUUGCCCUUGCUCAAGAAAAUAACCCCCCAUUCACAGCAAGCAACUCUAAUUGAAUACAAUGAAUCACAUACAUAUAAGAGACAAGAAAGUAGGAGGGGACAAGGAAGUCAUAAGAGAAGAUCAUGGGAAGAGGCAGAGUGGGAUAAAAGUACAUUAGGGAGAUGCCUGAAAUUGUGAAUGAAUACACUAAAAAAAUAAAAAAAAAUCUAAGAAGAAAUUUCCACAUCUCAGAUGGGCACAAGAUAGGAAAUCAGUGUGAGUUUUAGUUGUAGUGCUUAGAUAAAGCUAACCCCCUAAGGAAGAGGCUACAAUCAGAGGAGACUUCAAAAGAUUAACACAUGUGACUUUAUUGUGACUAUUCUCCAUCAAGUCUGUCCAUCUCAUCCAAGAGCAAGGAAGAUGCAGGAGAGCCUGGAGCCUCCAUUCUUACACUCCGUGCCUCCUUUGCUGUACUUGGGCUUCUCGGGGCUGGCGUGUGAGGGGCUUACAUGGAAACAGGUGAGCGGGAAGUGAUGGGAACGAACAACAGAGAAAGGAAGGGAACAUGCUUGAGGGAAAACAGUAUUUUGAUGUGGACCUGAGUGAAAGAUUCUGUGCUGUCCCUGCAUAAUGUUUCUUCCAUCGGGCACCAUGCCAAGGCGACCUCUGCAGUGAGACAGGAAGGCUGCUUGGCACUUAGAGAGAAAUUGGCAUCAAGAAAAUUGCUGUCCUUCCUGUGGGAAGCAUUUGAGCAGCACAAUGACAUCCACAUGUUCUUCCUGUCUGACCCCCCAGCAGCCUCAAGAGCCAGCUAGGGUUGCGUGAGUUUCUUUCUCUCUGUUCCACGAACCCACCAGGCCACAGCCGGUCAGCUGUGCUAUUUAUCUGACUCCCUGUGUUUCCAGACUCAUCUGUCCGUUCUCAGGCCAGGAGUGCAAAGAUGAGCAACCCGUAUGGCUGCCAGAUGUUUCCAUCUUUUUAGGCUUAGAGAAAGAGAGGAUCUCAGCCAGGCCUAACCGAUGCUGGCUCCAAGGCGUGUUCCAGGGACCUUCCUAUUACAUAAAUCCCAGCUGGAGAGACAACUCUGGAGCUAGCAGUGGGGAGUAGGAAUAGGGGGUGGGGUGGGAGGGGUGUCUCAGGGAUGGGAGGGGCAGCCCACCAGCCCACUGGGUUGCAUUCAGAGUGAUGAUAUGGGUGUGUUGUUCUUGAUGCUGGCUUUACCCCAACAGAAGAAUAUCAUUAGGCAAGAGCAGUUUCUACUGCUAUUGUCUAAGAGCAGAAGCCCAUGGGAGAUGCCAGUGAAAUGCCCGUCACUUGCUCUCCUUUCUAAAAAAGAAAUCAAUCUAAAAGGUGACAGAGAUUUUACUCAGAAGUUACUUGUUAACUUUAGACAGAUAUUCCAGAGCAUCUCUCUCUCUCUCUCUCUCUCUCUCUCUCUCUCUCUCUCUCCAAAAAGCAUUUAUUAUUCAAUGACCUAAAAUAGUUUAUAUGUAUCUGGGCAUCCCAAAUCACACACCAGCAGGAAAGUUUUCAUUUGACUGGAUAUGUGUGUUGUCAUGGUAAACUCAAGUAACUUCACGGAGAGAACUGCGUUUUCAAAAGGGGAAAUGGAGGUAGCUGAACCACUCUCUUCAAGUUAUACAUAUAAGAUGUAAAGUAGGGGUAGAGUUGAACCUGCAGCAUUCACGUGUUAGAUUUGAUGUUUUUCACCACCUGACAACCAUUUAUUUUCCUUGCAUGCUUUGUAAAAGAUAAAGUGGGAGGUUACUAAAUAAGCAAGUGACUGGGCUGGAGGAAAAUGUUGACAAUAAAUGAGAUAAAUCAAGUUGUUGUUGCAGUAGUUAGUGUUUUCUGAGUCAGUGACCUGAAAUGUUGAGCGAAGUCGUGCUCUGGCUUCUAGCGCCUCCCCCCAUUAAUGAAAAAAGGCACAGAAGUGGGACAUUUAAAAUAUUCUUCUCAUUACUAUUUCAUAUGAAAUGGUCUGACUAUCCCCCCAUCCACACAUCCCAUGGAGGCUGAGGUUGUUUGGCAGGAUGAAGUGUUGUGUUAACCCUUGUGGGCUCAGAAGUCACCCUGAAGAUGCAGGAAGCUGGGAAUUGGGGACAACAGUUCGUGGUUCUUAUCAGGAGUCACAGCCAAUAUUUACCUGGCACUCGAGAGGCAGAGGCAGGCAGAUCUAUGAGUUUGAGGUCAGCUUGGGCUACAUAGAGAGUUCUAGGACAACAGAGGCUAUGUAGAGAGGGCUAUGUUGAAGUCUUGUCUCAAAAGAUGAAUGUGUAUGUGUGCAUAAGUGUGUGUGUGUGUGUACAUGUGCAGUGUGUGUUCAUGUGUAGUGUGUGUGUGUGUGUGUGUGUGUUACACCCUGCAAUGUGUGUCCUCACAGAUGGAUAAGAACAGGGUUCUUUGGAUAAAUGAAUGCUGUGGACUGAAAGCAUCUUUCCAAAAUCCCCACACUUAAGCAUAAAUCCCCACUGUGAUGGUCUCUGCCAGUGGAAUAUUUCAGACAGGAUGGAAAUGAUGUAAAUACAGUCCUCACACAUGACAUUCUCAAAAAAUGUUUGCUAAAAGUAAACAAGGGACUCAGGUGUUGAAGUGUUCACUUUGCAAGCACAAGAAACUAAAUUCAAUCACCAGAACUCAAAAGCGUCAGGCAUGGGGAUGCACACUCUCAGUCUAGGGAGGUUGAGGCAGGCAGAUCCCUCAGGCUUGCUGGCCAGUCAGUCUAGUGGACUUGGUGAAUUCCAUGCUAGUGAGAGAAGUUGUUCUAAAAGACAAAGAAGAUGGCAUCUGUGGAAUAGAAACCAAGGUUAUCUUCUGCCCUUCACAGGUGCAUGCCCACUAGGACACAUAUGUGCACCUACACAUAUGAACACACAUGCAAAAGACUGAAGAGGCAUGAAGCUGCUUCUCAUUGUUAUGUAAAAAUAUAACACAAAGCUGGCCGUGCAGAAGCCAGCAACCACACCAGACACCAGAUCUGUGCAUUGAUCUAAAUCUUCUCAGUCUCCCAACCUGCAAGUAAUAAAUUCUUUUUUGUUUGAACCAUGCAAUUUAUAGUAUUUUUCGUAUGGCAGCCCAGACUCACUAAGACAAUAAAGCAUUGAAAAUACAAUUUUCACCUUUAUUCAGGCUACCCAGAAUGUACACAAGGAAUGCUGUUGUUAAAAUCUGAAAGACUCCUGGAAACAUGAGGACAUGAUCCAGCUAAAAUAAACAGCAAUUACAAUAACACAGCUAACCAAAUACUUAGAGAUGCAAUGUUAAAUAUUUAUUUUAUCCUGUUUUAAAUAAGUAGGGUACAGAUUGUUCGCAUCUCAAGAGGCUUUGUUUCUUAAAAGCUUGUAAGAAAAUAAUGUCUAAAAACAAACAGCAUAGUAUGUUUAUUUUCUAAGGGAAAAUGGAAUCGGGGCUACUGAGAAUAAAAUUUGAUAAUUCUAACCUCA